AUGAUCCCUCCACUGGAUCAAAAGCGACUUAAAGAAAGAUCUGUCCCAGAACAGCAAAAGCCAAGAGAUGCUGAAGAGGUUACCCAACCUACAGAGGAGCCACAUGGGAGAGCAGAACACAAGAGUGCUGAAGCAGAACCAGAAGAGGAAGAUGAAAUGGACACUUUGCUACGUCAAGUUCUUGAAUCAGAAAAAAUAAAUGAAGCGGAUGAAGAAACAGCUUUUCAGGAGGAGAAUAGUGAAAUACCUGAAGUUCCCACAGAACAGGAUGUCUAUGAUGAAGACCUUGAAGAUAAAGUGCCAGAAGUAUUAGAAACACCAGAAUCUUUCUAUGAAGAACCUGCAAGUGACUAUCAGCCAGGAGAGCCAGACACAGAUGACAGUCAUGAUGCAUAUGAAUAUCAUGCACAUACAGAAGAAGCUACAUAUGAACCAGAAAGCCAAGAUGACACAGAACUAAAUCUAGAGGAUGCUCUGGAUCAUAACACAGAACCUUAUUCACAUGACACAGAAAAGCAGGACUAUGUGGAUGAACAUGAAUUGGAAAAUGAAGAAUUUAUUGAAGCACAGAAUACAGAUGGAGAACAGUUAUCCGAACAUUAUUAUGAAAAUAUGCAAGAGCCAAUUGAGAGCACUGAUCAAACACAUGAAAAUGAAGCAGAUGUUCCACAUUCUGCUACUGAACAAAUUCAGUCAGAUGACAGAGAACAUACAGAAGAUCAUGUGACUGCUCAACCCCAUGAGACAGGUUUGUACAUUAUUUUGUCAUACUAUGCUAAAACCUGUUUAUGUAAUGGUGCUUAUAUAUGAGUGUGCCCAGCAUUG